AGUGACGGCAAGGAAACUACAAAAAGCUGAAAUUUUUAUUGAAAGUUUCGUUUUUUAUGGAUUGGAUUACAGAAACAUUUCUAUGUGAAUAAACCCAUCAAUGGCGAUGAAACCCAGUCUCCAUUUUUACCCAACUACUGUCACGAAGAAGUUUGUCUACUCGUUUCAAAGCUCCUUCUGCUUCCGUUUCUUAAGGUAUAGUUCAUCAAUUUCACUUGGGUCUUGUAAAGGUGUUGCCUUUAGUUCGAGAAAUGAUCAAAUUCCAUUGAGGAGGUUUAGCUUUAGUAGGGAUGGUAAUAAUGGUGUGUGGUUAGAGAAUUGGAAUAGAAUUCAGAAACGUAAUCAACCUAAACCACCAAAGGUAGUUGUAAAUUAUCGAAAAGAAGGGAGAUUUUCUGGGUCAGAGAUUGUGAGUGGUGAUGAUAAUAGUAGUAGAGAUGGUGAUGGUAGUACAAUGGAGAAGAUUGUGGAGAAAUUGAAGAAGUAUGGAUAUAUGGAGGGUGGUGAGGAGGUUCAGUGUAAGGAGAUUGAACAAGAGAGAAGGAUUGAGAAAGGGUCGGUGGAGGAUAUAUUCUAUGUUGAAGAAGGGAAUUUACCGAAUACUAGAGGUGGAUUCACUGAGGAAUCGGUAUUAGGUAGAGAUGAUGUCUUUGGAAGUAAUGGAGAAGUUGGUUUUCCUUGGGAGAAGAUGAGUGCCAAGGAAAAGAAGGAGUUGGAAGCAGAGUGGACUGCAAAGAAGGAGAAUAGAUAUUCGCUUGCGGAAAUGACUCUUCCGGAAUCAGAGCUAAGGAGAUUGAGGAAUUUGACGUUUCGAACAGCGAGUAAGAUGAGGAUUCGGGGUGCAGGUGUGACUCAGGUGGUAGUGGAUGCUAUUAAGGAGAAGUGGAAAAGCGCAGAGAUUGUGAGAUUGAAGAUUGAAGGAGCAAGCGCGCUUAACAUGAGAAAGAUGCAUGAGAUAUUAGAGAAAAAAACUGGUGGUUUAGUGAUUUGGAGGUCCGGGACUUCCAUCUCUUUGUACAGAGGUGUCAGUUAUGAGCUUCCAUCAGGAAAAUGGAACAAGCAAAGAAGAGAGGAGACGCCGCCUUCUUCCUUACCUGAAACGACAACUAUGGUGGAUAAUAGUGAUGAAAAAGUUCAUCUUCCUCAGUUAGAGCAGGUGACAACUAGUGUGGAAAAGAAAGACCAGACAUCUCAACCAGAAUAUGAAGAUGAAAUUGAUGAACUGUUAGAUGGUCUUGGUCCUAGGUUCAUGGACUGGCCGGGAGAUAACCCAUUACCUGUAGAUGCUGAUUUGCUUCCAGGCGCCAUUCCUGGUUAUGAACCGCCUUUCAGGGUACUUCCUUAUGGAGUAAGAUCAUCUCUGGGACCAAAGGAGGCAACAGCUUUGAGAAGACUUGCCAGAUCUAUUCCUCCACACUUUGCUUUAGGUCGAAGUAGGCAGCUCCAAGGCUUGGCGACAGCAAUGGUCAGGUUAUGGGAAAAGAGUAUGCUUGCAAAGAUUGCUAUUAAACGUGGCGUGCAAUCAACUACCAGUGAGAGAAUGGCUGAAGAUCUCAAGAAACUGACAGGAGGUAUACUGCUCUCUAGGAAUAAAGACUUCUUGGUUUUCUACAGAGGAAAGAAUUUUUUGUCACGAGAAGUAGCUGAUGCAUUGGUGGAGCAGGAGAGGUUUGUUAGGACUUUGCAAGACGAAGAAGAACAGGCACGUUUGAGAGGUUCAUCGGCUCUGAUUGUCCCAUGUAUUGAACCUCCGAAAAAACUUGUUUCUGCUGGUACUCUUGGUGAAACUCUUGAUGCGACUGGUAAGUGGGGAAAGAAUCUGGACGAUGAUGAUCAUUCCGACGAAGUGAAACAAGAGGUUGAGAUAUUGAGGCAUGAAAAUCUUGUCAGGAAGCUCGAAAGGAAACUUGCUUUUGCUGAGAGAAAGCUGUUGAAAGCUGAACGUGGUUUGGCUAAGGUGGAAGAGUGUCUUAAGCCUGCAGAGCAGAGAGAAGACUCAGACAGCAUAACUGAUGAAGAGAGAUUUAUGUUUCGCAAGCUUGGCUUGAAAAUGAAAGCUUUCUUACUUCUAGGUAGGCGAGGAGUGUUUGAUGGUACGGUGGAGAACAUGCACUUGCACUGGAAAUACAGAGAGUUGGUCAAAAUUAUUGUGAAGGCUAAAACUUUUGACGGUGUAAAGAAAGUGGCAUUAGCCCUUGAAGCCGAGAGUGGUGGUAUCCUGGUUUCUAUUGACAAGGUUACCAAAGGAUAUGCCAUUAUCGUGUACAGAGGAAAAGACUAUAAGCGUCCUACCAUGUUGAGGCCGAAAAAUCUUUUGACAAAGAGGAAGGCUUUAGCACGUUCCAUUGAGCUCCAAAGACGCGAGGGUCUUCUGAAGCACAUUUCUACGAUGCAGGCGAAAGCAGAACAGCUGAGAGCUGAAAUUGAACAAAUGGAGAAGGUAACAGACAAGGGUGAUGAAGAGUUAUACAACAAGCUUGAUAUGGCUUAUGCUUCUAGCGAUGAGGAGACAGUGGAAGAAGAAGAUGAUGCAUUUCCAGAGACAUAUGCAGUAGGAGAAGAUGGUGAGAUUCUAGCAGAAGGGGAACUAUCUGAAACAGAUGAUGAAGAUUGGGAUUCAAAUGAAUCGGAAACCGGAUUUGGUGAUGAUUCGGUACUUUACGCAGAGGAUCUUCAUACAAAACCAGAAGAUUUACCGAGUGAGAAAGUUCAUCUGCAGCAUCAGAGCUAAUUGAAGAUAAAACGUAAAAGACCGCUGCAACUUUAGCUUUUAAGCUUUUAGUAGCUAUGGUAUUAAGGUUAGUAAAAAUUGUAAAAUAGA